CAACAAAAAGCUAUGGAACGUUGUCACUGUGAGUGUAGCCUGUUUGCAUCAGCCUGUUUGCAUAAGUUCCGCCUGUUCAGUUGACAACGCUGAAAUGAAAGUGAAAGUGUCCAAGCGAAACGAGAUUCUAGAACUUCUAAGUAAUGUAGGCUAGUUCUAUGGCAGAAACAGUGCCCUGUUUUGGAGUAACUUAAAACAUGAUUUUUAGUGUACUUCUUCAUGUGCUGUUUUUCUCAGCUGUCCACCUGCAGUCUAUUCACGAGGUCCCUUGGUUGCCAUGCCAGUUUGUAGAUGAACAUUUCCAGUUUGACUCAGAUGGACACAGAGAAGCCAGAUAUGAACAUCGAAAUGCCGUGCUGCAGUUUGGUCAGCAAGGGGAUAGGCCUGUACAUUCUGAAGUUAUAACCUUCCUUAUAACAGGAUCUAAGGUGGACAUGCGGCGAUAUGUUAAAGGAGAAGUUGACAGUCUCCUGUGUGAGGUCCGACGGCACAACACGAGUGUCGUGGCGCGCUGGCCUGGCCAUGGUGCACAGGAGCAUGACACCUGGUUUACCUGCACUCUGCGUCACAACGAAGGCCUAUACGUGGCCACUACCUUCCUCAGACACAGUCCUUCCGACAUCAAUGCGCCACGGCCAGAGUCUGGAAUCUGGGCAACCAUUGCAGAUCGAGAAACUGUCAUCACCUCAGCUGUGAUGGUCGUAUCGAGCAGCACCCCCACUGUGAACGUUGGCCUGGUGAAAGAGCAGAUGUUGAACUGCGAGUUCGCCGUGGACCACAAGUCGCCCCGCAUCACCGUGGAGUGGCGGCUUCAGCGCAGGGGGGAACGCACCAAGCUGUUCAGCUACUCGGGCCACACUGGCCAGGUGGAGGGCAGCGGGGUCGCCGUGAAGGCCAUCGGCAGGGGGGACGCCUCCCUCAAGAUCCCCCUGACCAAGCACGCCAGCGAGGGCACGUACAUCUGCUCGGUGUACGUUCCGCCACUCUACGGCAGCCACGACAUCGCCCUGCACAUCAUGGAGCCGCCACGUGUGUCCCUGACUGUGAGUGCAGAGCUGUCAUUGGCUGUGGGUGAGGAGCAGAAGGUGUUGUGCGAGGCGGCGACCUACUACCCUCUCGACGUGCGCAUGGAGUGGCUGAAGGAGUCAACGGUGCCGGGAGCAAGCCGCAUGCCAGAGGUGUUGAAGCAGGUCCUGUUCUCCAGCCACCGUCACCACCUGGAUGGCACCUACUCCCUCUCCGCCUUCUUCCUGCUCAAGCCCUCGCUGCAGGACUCAGGCUACCGCUACACCUGCCGGGUGGAGCACGCCUCGCUCCAGUACCCCAUACGCAAGAGCUUCACCCUCACCGUCACUGAAAAUGAUUCACUACUGUGGUACGCUCUCCCUGUUGUUGUUAUUGUGGUUCUAUUCGGAAUACUGGUGCUGCUGCUCUCCAAGCUAAAUGCAAUGCGAGAGGCGCAAAAGAGGAAGCCUUAUUGAAUGCAGCGGAAGAUGAAUAAGUCAGCUUCAGCUUGAUGCCUUCAGUAGAACCAGGGGUGAUCUGGCUAAAAACAAGCCUGUUCACAUCUACAACUACAACUAUAAAGAUAACUACAACUUUUACUUUGUAAAAAUCGGUGUAACUAGUAAAUGGUGCUGUUCACGUAUGAACUGUAAUGACAACAACAUGCUGAAUUAUCACUGGUAUCACAUUCAGAGGGAUUUUUCGGAACUAUAAAGUAGUAUCACUCACAGUUGUUUAGAAUGUAUUGGCGUCAUGCCCUCUGCUUGUGCUUGUGGAUGUUGAUGAGAAACAGGCGUUAUCAUUGGUCAGUGGGAAAAGGAAAUACAUUCAUAGGAAAAAGUUUGUACACCCUUGGAAAUGUCUUACAUUUCUGUCAAAAUUGGUCAUAUAGAUCUGAUAGGUCUGAUCUUCCCGGAAAUCACAAGAAGGAAGAAUCAGAGUCUGCUUUAACUAAUUCCACCCAAACCUUUACAUGUUAUCAUAUUUGUAUUGACCAUAAGAUAUAAACAUUCACAGGACAGCAGGGCACAAGUAAGUACACCCUUGCAUUUAAUAGGUUUUAACCCUCAGUUGGUCGCAAUAACCUUAACCAGAUGUUUCCUGUAGUUGCAGAUCAGAUUAACAAAACAAUCUGGAUGUGUCUCCCUCUUUGUUACAAAACUGCCCUAUGACUGUAUCUUUACAGUCCUAGUUAUCUUAAUAGUUACUGUUGUAGAUGUGAACGGGCCUUAAUGCUGCUGAUCAGAAGGGGAUCUAUUCACACCAGGACUUGGAGCUGAACACUUGUUUGGUAGUCCAUGUUAUGCCAUGAUAGUAGACGUAGAACAAGUAGGCCUAUGUGACUGGGACUCUAUGAUUUUCAAGAAAAAUGUGUUUGUAUGUAUGAUUUUAUGGUGUGAAUAUUGAUUCAUUUUGGAUUCUUAAAAAACAAACUGAUAAACUGGCUACUUGUGCGUCCUGGUUGCUUUAAGCAAGAAAUUAUGUAAGAUCUGUAUGUAUGAUUUAAUUUUAUCGGCUGGUGGGUGGGUAUUUUAUUGGGUUAUUGGGUGGUGGUAGGGUUAUGGAAGUUGUUUUAUCUCGAAAUCUGUGCAUCAUCCGGGAGUCACAGAUAAUUGCACUAUUUUUUGCUCUGUUAAUGCACAAAUUAUUUAAAUAAAUAUGAAAUCAAAGAA